AUGGAUGCCGUCGCUUCGCACCAGCGGCUGGACUCCCAGAAGGGCCUCCGGCUGUGCCCCGAGAACCGCAGCGCGUCGGUGGGCCUGGAGGAAAAAAACUCGCUGCUUGGGAUGCAGGAAAAAAGGGGUGACGCGGGAGCCGGCCUGGUGGGCUGGCGGAGGGGGGUGAAGAGGUCCGUCAAGAGGAUGGGGGGCCAGCCGAAGCUGGUGGUCAUCGAGAUGGGGCGCAGCGUUGGCAACAAGGCGAGGAGCCUGUCGGGAAGGCUGGUAAGAAUGGUGAAGAGCGCCGUGCGGAAAGAUCGGUCGGAUACCAACUCCCUGCUGCCGCCAGGGCAAUAUCACUAA